AUGGCCGUCAACGACGCACCGCCGCCGCCGCCGGGCGUCAUCCGCUACCGUCAGCUGUGGGUGAGCGACGACGGCGUCACGCACCUCGCCGAGCGCCGAUUCGGAGGGCUGGAGACGAUGGACUUCACCUCGACAGGAGGAGACGCGGCGAUGCAGUACGUGCGUGCCUUCUCCAGCACCGACGACUUUUUGCUCACCGGCCUCGUCAUCACCCAGCAGGUGGGUGAGAACCCGUGGCACCACUGCCCGUCGCCCCAGUUUGUGGUGACGCUGGACGGCUCGUGGUACAUCAGAACGUCCGAUGGAGAGGUCACCACCUUCUCCAAGGGGGAUGGCGGGCCCUGCAACCAGCUCGUACUGGGCGUGGCGCCAAAGGUGUUCCCUGCAGCCGGGCCGGGCGCGUGCGACGAUAGCGAUGGAACAUGGGAUCGGCAGCUCUAG